AUGCCCAAUGUUGGAUUCUCCGACCAACACCCAUUCAGUGCCAGCCCCGGUAUGGCACCAUUUCAGCAGCCAUUUGUCCCACAAGAUCUCUGGCAGAUGCCAAUGACAAUUGAGUGGGACUGGGCGGAUAUGUCCACCAACUUUCCUCCUUUUGAAGGAGCUGGUCCCGGUGGGCCGCUGCCUGGGCAGUGA